AUGGACGAGGCCGAUAUAGAGGAGACUCAAGAGGCCGUGGCAACUAGAAUGGAGGCCACAACGCAUCCAUCACCCGCCCCACAGGCGCAACCACCAGCCGCCUCACAGACGCAUCCACAAGCCGCCUCCCGGGCGCAUCCACAAGCCGCCGCACAGGCGCACCCAUCACCCGGCUCACAGGCGCACCCACCGGUCGCCUCACAGACGCAUCCACAAGCCGCAUCACAGGCGCAUCCACAAUCCGCCUCACAGGCGCACCCAUCGGUCACUUCACAGACGCAUCCACCAACCGCCGCACAGGCGCAUCCAUCACCCUCCUCACGGGCGCAUCCACAGGUCGCCUCACAGGGGCAUCCAUCGGUCACCUCUGUAGUAUGCACUAAUAUUGAAUACCCACUUAAAGGGUAG